AUUACUACUGGUGAGGUUGGGCGCGCUCGCCGGCGAUACCACUGUCAAGAUGCCUCCGAUGUCCUUCGUAGGACAAGUCACCAAGGUCGGCUGUAUGAAUAAGACGGCCACCGUGACGGUGUCGCGCUGGGUAGUUCAUCCCCGGACGCGCAAACGCAUAGAGCGGAGCAAAAAGUACCACGCACACGACGAACACAACCAAUGUCGGCUAGAGGACACCGUGCUCAUUCGCAACUGCCGACCUAUCUCAAAGCUAAAAGCGUUCGCUGUCGAGAAGAUACUCCGGUCUCCGGAGAGGGAGCACGAGGCGAUGAUCGCAGAGCGUUUGAGAAAAGACGAGAAGGCCAAAGAAGCGGAGGAGAGGAUGAGGCAGGCUGCGUUGAACAUUGGCAGUGGGCAGGCUCAAGAAGCUGGUAUCCUCCGCGAGCUAUCAUAAAAGCUAACAGCGGCUUCCAUCAUAGACCAUUGUCACCUGCAGUGUACCUCACCGAGUCAGGUAUAUGCCUGUCGUAGGACAAAACCUGCAUCAGUGGAUAUAAUCACCACCACCAUUCUGACGAAUCUCACACCGAUGAGGUGCUCAAUCCGCCGCAGCCGCUGCUUUCGUUGCAUAAAUGGGUACACGUGUCUACAAUACAUUAAUUCUAAAUCG